AUGAAUAAUCAAGCCGCCGCCGCCGCGCUGCUGCAGGAGUGCAAGCGAGCUCUGGAUGCUCUCCUGUCAGCACAGCCUGGCACGGCAGAAGAAGAUCAGCAACAAUACCAGCAAUGCCAAGCUUUGCUUCCUGAGGACUUGAGGACUCUUCUGGAGGAGGCAAAAGAAAUGAAGUGGCCCUUUGUGCCAGAGAAGUGGCAAUACAAACAAGACCUUGGCCCAGAAGACAAAACAAACCUGCAAGAUAUGAUCAGCGCGAGGCUCCCUGAUCUGCUGGUUUAUUUGAAAGCCUCCAUCAUGGUCAAGGACUGUGUAACGGCAACAGCUAUUGUGUUCCUGAUUGACCGCUUCCUGUAUUGGAUCGACGCCUCCAGAGAACUUCUCCAGAUCACCAAGGGUCUGCACAAGCUGCAGCCCAGCACACCCAUCAGCCCUCAGGUGCUCAUCCGCCAGGCUCGCCUCUCUGUCAACACAGGUAAACUUCUAAAAGCUGAAUAUAUCCUCAGCAGCCUAAUUAGUGACAAUGGAGCAACAGGUACCUGGCGAUAUGCCCAGGACAGCGACAGGAUCCUCGUUCAGUCAGUCUGCUUACAAAUCAGGGGACAGAUUCUGCAGAAGCUUGGGAUGUGGUAUGAGGCAGCAGAGUUGAUUUGGGCUUCGAUUGUGGGAUAUUUCAAGCUUCCUCAUCCAGAUAAAAAGGGAAUUGCUACUUCUUUGGGUAUUCUGGCAGACAUCUUUGCUUCCAUGAAUGAAAAGGAUUAUGUACGUUUUAAAACCAAUGCUGAGAUUGACCUGAGCCUUCUCCAAGAGUUCAGCCAUCGCUUACUGGCAGCUGCUGAGGCCUGCAAACUAGCAGCAGCCUACAGCCAGUACACCCCACUGUUUGUCCUCACAGCUGUGAACAUCCGUGGGGUGUGUUUGUUGUCCUACAGUCACUCCAAGGACUGUCCCCCAGAAAAGAGAAAGUUCUACUUGUCUGAAGCCAAAGAAUCCUUUGAGAUUGGCCUGCUCACCAAGAAUGAGAAGAGUCCCAUCACCAGCAAGCAGGAACUCCACAGUUUCAUUAAAGCUGCUUUCUGCCUCACAACCGUGCAUCGAUGGCUCCAUGGGGAGAGUGAGGAGCUCCGUGAGGUGAGUCAGCUAUGCAGAGAAGCCAUGGGAAAGCUGCAUUCCUACAGCACUUCAGUGACAGCAGAGGAAGAGAAAGGAGUUCUUGCCAAAGAGAUCAUGUCUUUGAUCACAUCUGUGAAGAAGAGCCUUCAAGUGGAAAGCUUCCCUAAUUCUGAUGCCAGGUCUUAUGUUCCAGAUAGUUAUAAAGACACAGUGGAAAAACCCAUCCUGCAAGAGGCAGCCAGCUUUGAGAAGAUCCUUGCCAUGCAUUCUCAGCAUCACCUGUCAGUAUGUGAAGUGUUUGAAAAGGCUUGCAGGAUUCAUAAAACCGUGCCAGGAGAGACCCAGGUGGGCAUUUGUAUCACAACCUUAAGAACAGAAACCAACAGCAUAGAUGCUGUGUAUACUACUGAAGAAACAGGGUACCAGAGGAAAGGGGCUGUGAAAACACUGAAGUCAUCCCCAGCAGGAAGUACCUCAGAGAGACUCAGUGGCCAGAGAAAUAAAUACAUUGGUCUUGAUGUGAUGGAAACUUCCUUUGAUGGAGAGAUUGAGCCAUUAGAAAUCGAAAUAAAUGAUGUAAACCCUGGUUUUAGCAGAUGGCAAAACAGGAGCCAAACCACAACUUCAGAGAGCUCUUGGUGCAAGCUGUCAAAAUCAAGUUAUUCUUCCAGCUGGGAGGAACUGAACUGUAACAGCAGGAAAGAGGCUCCUGGAGAUGGGCAGCAGCAGGAAAAGGGCUCAGUGGAGGAGCAAUGUUGCACAACAGAAUCUGCCUACUCAUGCUCAUUGGCUCCCCGAGCCCAGCAUCCUUCUCCUCGAGAGCCUUUAGGUAGCUGUUGGAAAUCUCCUCAGACUUCCUUAGAGAUAGAUACACCUCUGGUAGAGAAGACAUCUUGUUGUGGAGAAGAGCUGUGGGAAGAAAGACACAGUGGAAAGAGCUGUUUGGGAGAGAAAUCAGGGCAGGUGAACAACGUGGUUCCUUCCCCCUACACCCCUUAUUCUGUGCCUUCCAGGCCAGAGGACGAGAAGAAGGAGGAGAAGGCAAAGUUCUCCUCGGGCUGCAGGACCAAGGACAGCGGCAGGGAGGGUAGUGGCGGUGCCUUUGUGUGGGUCCUUCCAGAAGGAGGAACUGCAGACAGUACAGAGGAUACCCCGUCUGAGGCACAUCCCCCCACAAAUGGGGGUGCUUCUGUAGUAUCAACAGGCAUGGGGGAGAAAAUGGCCAGUGACUCCUCAGGGAGCGACUGGCUGAGGAAAUCUGACAUGGUGGGAAACAGAGCUCUCCAAGUGCCUGAAGUUGAUGCCCAAGCAGAAACAGUAGAUGACACUGAAUUUGAUUUUGUCAGUGUUGGAGACUUAGUUAACAAUCAUCCUACAGCAUCAGUUCCAAAGCAUCAAGCAACUCCCAGUGCACCAACAGCAUUGCCCUCAGGGGGAAAGAUAUCCCUAAUCAAGCACUUUGACUGUGCCACUACUGAAGAAGAUGAGGAAGAGCCUCAGGACAUACUGAGCAGCAAGAGGCAAUCCAGUUCAUCUCUGAGUUCGUGGUGCAAAUCAGCACAGAUGCCCAAGAGGUCUCCAGAAGGUUCAUUUCUGAACACCAGGGGAAGUGGUUUUGUCCUUGUGCCUGGGAGGACGAAGGAAGAAAUCCUUGACGCUCGAUUGCUGAGGGAUGAUGACUACGUGCAGCUUCUGGCAGGAGUAGAGCAUAAUUGGCUUGUCCAGAGACUGAUGCCUACUGGAAUUUUUAAGUCCAAACAGCUUCGGAAAGCAUACUCUGCUCUGCUUUUAAAAUACUCCAAGAAAUCAGGCCUCUGGACAGGCCAGGAAACAGCUGUAUUCAUUGGGGACUACCUGAACGUGGCAAAGGAAGGGAAACAGAGAAAUGCAUUUUGGAUACACUUCCUGCACCAGGAAGAAAGCCUAGGAAGGUAUGUUGGCAAAGAAUAUAAAGAGGAGAAAGAGCUUCUUCACCAUUUCAGUGAUGUGGAACGGCAAAUGACCGCCCAGUACUACGUGACAGAAUUCAAUAAGAGGCUAUAUGAGCAGAAGGUCCCUACCCAAAUCUUUUAUAUCCCAUCUGCUGUACUCCUGAUACUAGAAGACAGAACCAUUAAAGGAUGUGUGAGUGUGGAGCCCUACAUCCUCGGGGAGUUUGUGAAGCUGUCCAAUAACACAAAGGUGGUCAAGAAUGAGUAUAAAGCCACAGAGUAUGGCCUGGCCUAUGGCCAUUUCUCCUAUGAGUUCUCCAAUGGGACAGAUGUUGUUGUUGAUCUGCAAGGUUGGGUGACAGGUAACGGAAAAGGCCUCAUCUACCUCACAGACCCCCAGAUUCAUUCUCUGAACAGCAAAGAUAUUUCACAUUCCAACUUUGGGAAGAAAGGAAUUUAUUAUUUCUUUCAUAAUCAACAUGUGCAGUGCAAUGAAAUCUGUCACCGCCUCUCCUUAACAAGACCCUUCGUAGAGCUCACUCAAGACAGUCACACAAAGAAUGAGCCAUAAGCUGGGCACCCUUCACACCUUCAGGAGCACAUUUUCUUUGUGAGAGCAGAGCCACUGAGAUGAUUGAGUUGGGUCAGUCAUAACCUGCAGGAGUUUGGCAAGUUCUGGUCUUUGCAUUCAGGCUGGUAAUACCACAUUGCCAUCUUGUUUACUGUCUGAACCUCGUGUUGUUACAGCCAUCUGUAGGAAUUAACAGAAGAGCACAAGAAGAGUAGGAAACAAGCUUCCUAAAUUCAGUUAGAGAUGUACCACAAGGCUGUGUAAACUUCUGAUCCAGUCAGACCCAGGAAGGGCUGCCUGAAAGGCACCAUCUGUUCUUUGGAAAUGGAAUACGAAAGAGAGUGAGGCAGAAGCAGAGAGUUGGAUUUCAACCAUCUGUAACAUCUUCAGA